AAAUAGUUUCACCAACAUCCUUGAACACACAAAAGAAAAGAGAGAUUGAUAGAGGGUUUGUAGUGUAGGUUUGAAUUGGGAGAGAACGGAGAAUAAACGGGAAGAAAUGAAGAAAGACGAUGAAGAUAACGACCCCAAACGAACUAUUAUCUUAGUCGUAGUUACCGCCGCCGUCUGUACUAUCAUGCACGGUUCAGUUGUCAAAACUUUUCGAUGGUUCUCUUAUGAGUUAUCCAAGUCUCGGCCUCAUGCAUUCAGAAGAAAGAGUGGUAGUUCUUACACAACAAAACACAAUAAGCCAAUGCAAGAGGAACUAAUAAGGCGUGCGCAAAACGCUUUUAACAGAGAAAGGAAUAAGUACAGUGGAGGCUUUGAAAGUUGGAAGGAACAUGCUCCCAAUCAGCAUUUCCAAACAGAAUAUUCAUAUCCGAAGAAUGAUACUUCAUACAAAGACAGGAGAACUAGUUAUCGAGAAACACCGAGAGAAAGUGGAAACUAUGCAUUGUCACAUCACUACUCAGUUUUGGGUCUUGACAUGUAUAGGAAAGCGCCGUAUUCAGAUGAUGAGAUUAAGUUAGCAUUUAGGACAAAGGUAAAAGAGUAUCAUCCUGAUCAGAACCAGGAUAAUAAAGACGUUGCUGAAUCUAAGUUCAAAGAAGUGAUGACUUCAUUCGAGGCCAUAAAACAAGAAAACAAGAACAAAAGUCAGUAAUUGCCUAACUAUGCCCAUUAAUCCCGGAGCCCUAAAGGAUGUUAGAAUUUGACACUUAAGAGACAUGAGUAACUCGUCCGACCUGUACAAAGAAAAUAUGGCAAUAAUAUUGAAUUGUAGUCAGCACGACUUCAUUGAGUGGCAAUACCAUUGUCCUGUAUGAAUGCCGCCGGCGAACAUUCAAGGUUGAAUAUCGAAGCCAUAAACAGAAAUGGAUGCUUAGUGCUGUUUAGAAGACUUUAUUUUAAGUUUAUAGUAUGAGAUAAGCAUUUGUAUAGCUUUAGUGUCUGGAAGAACUAGCUUAUGAUAAGCUCAUAAGCAAUUUUCAAUUUAUUUUUAUAAAUUUCC